UUCACUGAACAAAAUGGGCUACGUAUUCAAUGCAAGAACAAAUUCUUGGGAAAGGAAGUAGAAAAUGAGAAGAAGAGGACAAGAUGGUGAAGGUGAGGGGUUUGAUGAUGAAGAACAUGUCGAAGAAACUGGAGAAGAAGGUCCUUCACAAGCUGCCUCAUCUCGAAUGACAGCACCUUUAGGUCCUCGAAGGACAAGGGGAGAUAUGUUUACUACUGCCACAUACUCCGAACAGUAACCCACUGAUCCCUCUUCACAUUUGGAAGCAUAAAUCCUCCUAUUGCAAUUGUUGAUGCCCUUUAAAGUCCCAUUGUAGUAUUUGAACACUCUUUGAAAAAUGUCUUAAUGUUCUUACUAUUUAUAUUUUUGUAUGUGUACAUAUAAUGUUGACAUUAGAUGUAGUUAAAUUUAAUAUUGGUUUUAACACAAAUGGGUAUAUUGUAAUUGUGAUGAUUUUAUAUUGGUUGAUUAUGUUCUUGAUGUGCUUCCAUUGAUGACGAGCAAUUUGUUAGUUUAUAGUCUGCGUGAAUGGCAUUUUGUGGUUGUGGUUUUAAAAGUUAAUGUGCAUGUGGUUUUAAUGGUUCACAGUAUUUUUUGUGAGUGUAAAGGUUUAAAGCUGGGUCACUCUAUUUUUUAGUUCAAUUUUAGUAAUAGUUUUACAAUUUGUGAUUGUAUAAAAAAGGAUUUUGAAG